UUCCAGGAGAGUUCGACACAGAGUUGUCCGUUGGGUCCUGAACCGUUGUAAACGUCGGGUUUGAAGAGUCAGCGAUAGAGAGCGGCCAUCACGGCGACCCUGAACGUUGACAUAACGGACCAACUGUUCUCUGCCUGAGGGGUUUACCACAGGAGAGCAAUGAAGGAUCCGAGCCUGAACAACAUCAACGCCAACAUGACCAUCAGCAACGAGGUUAUCCUCAGCACCCAGUACAUCUCAGAGGACAAUCCCUUCGCUGAGUACAUGUGGAUGGAGAAUGAGGAGGAGUUCAACCGACAGGUGGAGGAGGAGCUGUGGGAGGAGGAAUUUAUCGAGCGCUGUAUUCAGGAGCUGCUGGAGGAGGAGGAGCAGUGGGAGUGGUUCAUCCCGUCCAGAGACCUCCCCGCUCACAGCGUCGCUCAGCUGCAGGAUCAGAUCAGUCUGCUUGUCCUCGACGCAGACGUGCACGCGGACGCCGACUUCGACAUCGUGGUGAACAGCAGUCUAAACCCAAACGCCAAGGAGUUCAUCCCAGGGAUCCAGAAACAUGUCAUGUGACCCCGCCGGGCUCCCCCCACCCCCCCCACCCCCACCCCCCACUCCGCACUGUGACAUCAUCAAGAAGAUGUCUGCCGUAUUUUCCAGUCGCCACUCGACCUUCAGCCUGACGUGUUGCCAAAGUUCUGCGCUCGCCUCGCACGUGUUUGACUUCAGUGUUCCCAUAGUUACUGAAAGCUCCACCCACUCACCUGUCCGUCUGUGUGACUCUCUGAAUGUAAAUCAGCUGAGAGCGAGUCUGUGAGUCUGUCCACGUUGAUCCAGAACAAACCGGUCUCUGUUGCAAUCAGCUCUGAUGUCUCACUCUGACAUUUUUAUUUGCACUUUUAUAAAAACCUAAAAAAAAAAGACUUUGUGUUCACAUUUACUCUGAAUUUUGAACCGGUUUGGAACUGGUUUGAUCCAGUUUUUAGGUUCUCUGCACUCGUCCAUAUUUUCCCAUCAUCCUUUGUGGUUUCGGUGCGUGCUGCCUGUCAGAGCUGUGGGCUCUCUGCUGCCUCGUUAACUGCUGUUUGUUUGUUGUUUUUCUAAAUGCACAUAAAGUACUGUAUAAAAAGUCAUAUAACUUAAAAAGUUGUAAAAAAAUCUAUUUUUUCUUAAUCUAUUUGAAAUAAAUGUUUAUGGAGAAAACC